GCUCAAAUACUCUCCUUCCCCUCAAUCUGAUUUCCCAAACCACCCAAAUCCCCUUUAUUUUUCACUCCUUAAUAGUUCAUAGCAGCCAUUUUCUGCUCCACCAAAAACACCAGCCUUCUUAUACGCAAAACAAAAAGGUUGACAGUUUCUACCACUCGUCUUGCCACUGACGGGGUCGUUUUAGAGUUUUGUCCAUUCUGUUGCUGGCCUUUUCGAUUGAGACAUAAAUCUUUCUAUAGAAAGAUAAACAGAAAGAGUGGGGAAAGGAGAAAGAAAUGUGAUGGAACUGCUGAAAGGGUCUUUCUCCGCCCUCUUCUUUUGACUUCCAUUUUUCUCUUACCCCUUUUUUCCUUCCUUUUUAUCAACUUUUCUUCUCUUUCUUUUAGUUUUGGCAUCGCCUGAGUUGGAGGUUUUUGGGGGUCCUUUGCUGAUCUUAUUCAUCCUCCGAUCAUUGCGAAAUUUUCGAUUUUCUAUCGUAUGAUAUAAGUUAAGGUUUUAAUUGAGGGCAUUGUCUUUUGUUGAGAUUUUUCUUUUUUUGUCGGCACAUCAAUUAUGAUUUUAUCCGAACUUCUUUUUAAGUUAGAAAAAAAAAUCAAAAGAUUUGAUUUGUGAGGCUUUCCAUUUUAUGCCUGUUUUGCAGGGAGAACAGAAGCUUCCAUUUUCUCUCUCUCUCACUCAUCGGUUGCAGGGAUUCUCUUCUCUUCAAUUUUAAUUUUAAUUUCAGUGCUAUUUAUUUCUAUUUUCCUCGAAUUCUUAAAUUUUCCAAUCCCUCGAUUUGGUUGCUUAAUCUUGGAAUCUCUACCCAAUUCCAUUAUACCACCCACCUCAAUCACCUGAGAAUGUUCCUCUAAUCUCUUCUUCCCACAUAAAAAUACUCAUUUGAUUGAAUUCUUUAGCCGACCUCUUCGGCGCUAGAGUAUUCUUUUGCUUUCUCCAAAUCAGUUUCAAUAAUGGGUUGUGCAACUUCAAAGCCAAAAGUAUGCCACAAGUGCCGAGCCCCAUGUUCACCGGUGCGCCGGAGCUACUCAAUGCACGACGACAGCUACCACCAUCUGGUGGCGCUCACUUCCUCCACGUUAGGAUCUCUGAAGCUCGAUCCACUCAACCAGAGUCAAUCUAUAAAAGACGAUCGAUCUUCUUUUGGCCAUUAUGAUAAUGAUGAAGUUAUGAAGAGUUGCAAAGAAGAGUUCGCUAUGGGUUUAAUUGAGGCAAAAACAUGGUCUCAAAUGAUCAAUGAGAAAAUCCCAAAAGUAAUUCCCAAAACCCCCAUUAGAACUCCACCUGGCGAACCAGAAACUAUCAAUACUUGGGAAUUAAUGGAAGGUCUUGAAGAUAGCAGUCCGCUAAAACUUUCUCACCACGUCCGCAGCUUUUCUUUUCAUGUUUCUCCUAAUCCAGUUCCUUCUCUAUACGAUCUGCCUACACCCAGAGUGAAAGAUCACAUUGAAGGAUCUCCAAAGCCAUUGUGGGAGGAGAUAACUGAAGAUGAAACGAACUCAAAUUCAAACGACACGUCUAUCGUCUCUGAGUUUGAUCCUGAAGUAAUUUCUACUUUAAGAAAAGCAUUAGAAGAUCUCCCGCCCGCAAAUCCAUUUCACCUUAAAGCAUUAAUUAGUGAAAAUCUCCAGGUGUCAGCCGACAAGGAAGAUUCGUUCGAGAAAACGGAUAUCAUAACGGAUGUGAAGAAAGUAAAUGGGGAAGUAACAGAGAACAAGGUUUGUAAAGAUAAACUAGUUGUUUAUUUCACGAGCCUAAGAGGCGUGAGGAAAACAUACGAGGAUUGUUGUCAUGUUCGUGUGAUAUUAAAGGGACUAGGUGUGAAAAUCGACGAGAGAGAUGUAUCGAUGCAUUCGGGGUUUAAAGAAGAGCUGAAAGAAUUACUGGGAAAUGAAUACAGUAGAGGGGGAUUGCCUAGGAUAUUUUUGGGGAAAAAAUAUACAGGUGGAGCUGAUGAAAUAAGGCGAAUGAACGAGGAUGGGAAACUCGAGAAGUUUGUAGAGAAUUGUGAAAGAGUUGAGGAUGGUGCUGGAUAUGGAGGUUGUAAUUGUGAGGCCUGUGGAGAUGUUAGAUUUGUACCAUGUGAGACAUGCUCGGGGAGCUGUAAAAUAUAUUAUGAAGCAGAUUAUGAAGAAGAUGAAGAAAAUGACGAAUUGGAUGAAGAUGAAUAUGGCUUCCAACGAUGUCCAGAUUGCAAUGAGAAUGGGCUAAUUCGAUGUCCAAUUUGUUGUGAUUAUUAAGGUUGAUUAAAAAAUUUCUUGGUCCUUUUGGAUUAAUUGUUUCUCUUUUUUUGAGAUGAUGCUUGUUGUACAGUGAGGAGUUUUGAUUGAACUAAUAUAGUCAAUAGUGUGAAAAGCCAUAAAUCCAAGCUCUGGAGUUGUGGUGUAAGAGUCUCAUGUAAUACAUUUUCCAGGUAAAACGAGAAGGCUAUACAAUUUUGAAAUUUUCCUGUUUGUGAAGUAA